CUUAUAUAAUCUUAUAUGUAUGUACAUUCGAUUGUUUACGUUAGGUUGAGUUUUGUGGCCAGAAGAUCAAAUUCUGUUACUGGAAGUUUUGUGCCUCCUAUUUACGUACUUCAUCUCGAAAUAAUCAGGAUAACCAGAAAAUUCAAAACAAAAACAAAAACCAGUCAAGGAAAACAAUCGAUCGUCGAGCUGAAAGACAUGCAUUCCAAAUCAUAUCUUCAUUUCAUCAUUUUUUUGGGGUUUCUGAGCAUCUCAGUUCAUGGAUUCCAUGUGAAUAAUUCUGACACGCAUUCCAUAAGUGGAUCAAUUCGUUCUCCUGAUCUUCCUGAAAACACAUCUGAUUCACUAUCAGAAUCUUUCAUCGAGCUGAUUAAACAGUUAACGGGUAUACAAGUUUAUUUGGAAACCAAGACUAGAGAUAUGGAAAAACGAGACAUUGAAUUGAGUCGGAAAGAAAAAGAGGCUGAAAAACGAGAGAACGGAAUAAAAAGCCUAGAACAGCUGCUCAAGCAAAAGGAAGAAUACAUUAAUAAAACAGCUGAAACUCUUAAUAAAACUGACUCCCAAAUAAAACUUAGAGAGGUAAAGGUAAAACAGAAGGAAAACAUAAUCAACAAACAAAAAACUGACGAAAACUUGUUAAAAAAACGAGAGGCAGAAGUAAAUCAAAAAGAAGACACAAUCAACAAAAAAGAAACUGAAGUCAAAAACAAUGAACAAUUGUUAAGAACACGAGAAAAACAGUUGAAUGAAAAAGAAAACGAAUUGGAAAAAUCGAAUGCAGAUGUGAGGAAGCAAAUAGAGCAAUGGAAACAGAAGGAAGAAAAUAUUGAGAAAACUGAAGCUGAAAUUAAAAAGAGAGAAGAAAUUUUGAAAAGACAAGAAGAAAUAUUGAGACAAAAAGAAAAUAAAACCUGUUCAGUUUAUUGGGUUCGUGCAUUUAAGGGUAAUAAACCUGCAAAUGCACUUGUAGGAGGACAAAGAGGGUCAGACACAUUGUAUGUUGGGCGAGCAAACCAUAACGGUUCCCUGAUUCCUGGAUAUGUACUCAAUUCUUACAUAUAUAUUGUAGAUUAUGGCCGCGAACAUUCAUACCACAGUGGCAGUUAUGAAGUUGCUACAUUUGAUGAAAAAAAUAUCUGUCGAAUCUUUUGGGUCAAGACAUCCAAUGGUAGUGUCCCUGCAAAAGCAAUUGUAGGAGGAUAUGACAGUCAUGGAGAAAACUUAUAUAUCGGAAGAGCAAUUGACUCGCGUUAUUUGGUUAUAGGAAAAGUACAACCCAGUAGGCAUUGCUUGAUCACUAAGUAUUCUAGCAGUUCUAGCAGGGAACAAUGUCACGCCAAGUAUGAAGUUGCGGUAAUACAAGAAACUGACGAAAACUUGUUAAAAAAACAAGAGGCAGAAGUAAAUCAAAAAGAAGACACAAUCAACAAAACAGAAACUGAAGUCAAAAACAAUGAACAAUUGUUAAGAACACGAGAAAAACAGUUGAAUGAAAAAGAAAACGAAUUGGAAAAAUCGAAUGCAAGUGUGAGGAAGCAAAUACAGCAAUUGAAACAGAAGGAAGAAACUAUUGAGAAAACUGAAACUGAAAUCAAAAAGAGAGAAGAAAUUUUGAAAACACAAGAAGAAAUAUUGAGGCAAAAAGAAAAUAAAACAUGUUCAGUUUCUUGGGUUCGUGCAUCCGAUGGUAAUGAACCUGCAAAUGCACUUGUAGGAGGACAAUACGGAAGAACAACAUUGUAUGUUGGACGAGCAAACCACAACGGUUUCCUGAUUCCUGGAAGUAUAUUACAGAUUAUGGCCAUGUACAUUCAUACGACAAUGACAAUUAUGAAGUUGCUACAUUUGAUGAAAAAAAUAUGUGUCGAGUCUUUUGGAUCAAUGCAUCCAAUGGUAGUGUCCCUACAAACGCAAUUGUAGGAGGAUAUGACAGUCAUGGAGAAAACUUAUACAUCGGAAGAGCGAUUCACUCUGGUAAUUUGAUUCCAGGAAAAGUACAAGCUAGUCUUCAUUGCUUGUACAUUGGAUAUGCUGACCUUGAAUUUUGUUACAC